AAGGAUUCCAGCGGAAGGAAGUGCCGUCCUGAACGGUUUGAUUCCCUUCAUCUGAGUGUAAACCGCGUGCGCGCGCGCGUGCGUGGAGUGCGCCACGUCGGCAGAAAAGCAGCGCAGCUCGUGCGGAGGUCCGGAGCGCUCAGCCCGCGCGCGCACACGGAGAGGAGGCGCUGUGGAGGAGCAGACGGCGUCACCCCCACACCGGAGCAGGGUUCGAGUCCGAGGCCGCCGACGGGAGUCAUGGUGAAGGACGUAAACAGCAUCAACGUGGAGCCGCAGCCUGGGACCAGCCUGGCCUCAGAUGAAGCCGAUCAGACCGACAGCCAGCCUCCUGAGGACUCCGGCAAAGACCAUGAGGCUCCUCCCCCUGGCGUGAUGUGGCGAGUCACCGGCGGCCUCUUCAGCGUCACCAAGGGCGUUGUCGGUGCGGCCGUGGGAGGCGUGGCCUGGGUGGGCGGCAAGAGUCUGGAGAUCACCAAGUCGGCGGUGACCACGGUUCCCUCGGUGGGGGUGGGGCUGGUAAAGGGGGGCGUGUCCGCAGUGGCCGGCGGCGUCUCCAGCGUCGGUUCGACGGUCGCCAGCAAAGUCCCGUUCACCCCCAAGAGGAAAGAUAAGGCCGAGUGACCCCGCCCCCCCCCGGCCAUCAGAGAGGCUUCUGACUGAUCUCUGCCAAUCAGACGCCGCCGUGCCUUCUUUCUCACCAGCAUGACGACGUGUCAGCCUCACGUCCAGCAGCUCUGCAUCGCCAUGGCAACCGGGAUGCUCCUCCUCUGUACGUCUCCAGGAGGACAAUCCUGACUGGAACCUCCCCGUUCUCCUCCUGCUCCUCGCACUCCUGUGGACGAGUCGUCUUCCUCGUUGGCCGCGGCGUGAAAGUGGCCUCUGGGAGGGAGGACUCGCUCUUCCGCCUGUCCAGAACUCUGAGGCGUGCAGACGGAGGGCGGGGCUUCCCCGGCGCUAUGCAUCCGUCUCUACUGCGAGGAGACGCGGCGGUCUUCGUUCAGCUGUCCGUUCUUCUCUUCAGCCACAUUUCAAAGCAACAUUUGGAGCCGACCGUUGCUGAGCGAGUUCUGCUCUGACUGUUUUCGUGUUUUCUGUCAGUAUAUCAAUAAAACAUAGGAAGGUGAAGUUCA